AUGCCUGCUGGCGCGCUGGCUAAUGCCUGCGUUCCAUCAACUUUCGCCAACAUCUCUCUGGCCGGUGCAGAAAUCCUCAACGUCAAUGCCCAACUUAUAACCAACUUCAGCACAACAGCGCCUUCCGCCUAUCGAUACACCCAACCUACCCGUCAGCUAGUCAACGCUACGUUUUGUAACGUCACCCUCUCGUACACGCAUCCUGGACAGCAUGAUCAGAUCGGGGUUGAGACUUGGCUUCCUGUCGACCACUGGAACAACCGCUUCCAGGCAGUCGGUGGUGGCGGAUUUGUUGCCGGCCGCUUUUUCCUCUCGUACGGAAAUAUGUAUGGCGCACUGGCUGACGGAUAUGCGACCUCGACCACAGACGCCGGUCUCUACCCCCUUGGCUCUCAGGAAGCUUCCCCAUGGGCCUUGGUUAGCCCUGGCAACGUAAAUCUGUACAACCUGAAUAACAUGGCAUCUGUGUCCUUGAACGACCAGGCUAUUAUCUCCAAAUCUGUCAUCAAGAACUUCUACGGCAAACUCCCAGACUAUUCGUAUUGGAAUGGUUGCUCCCAGGGCGGAAGGCAAGGUCUUAUGCUUGCACAGCGUUACCCUGAUGCUUACGACGGAAUUGCAGUCGGUGCUCCGGCUAUCAAUUGGGGCGAGGUCUCCUCGUACGUCCAGUGGCCACAGCAGGUCAUGAACGAGAUGAACCAAUAUCCAUUCCCAUGCGAGCUUGACGCCCUCACAUCAGCUGCAAUUUCUGCCUGCGAUGGUCUAGAUGGGGUUGAGGACGGUAUCAUUGGCGAGGCGGUCGAGUGUAUAAACCAGUUCGAUCCAUUUUCAUUAGUGGGCACGACUAUAGAAUGUGACCAGACUGGCAGUAGUAUCGAGAUCACGAAAGCUGCUGCUCUGGUAGCCAACGCCACCUGGCACGGAAUGGUCACGAAGAAUGGCAAAUCCACAUGGUUCGGUGUCCUUCCGGGUGCUGACCUGACGGGAAUGUCCCCAAGCUCCAACGGACGGCCUGGAAUUGCUGCAACCAACUGCACCUCGGAGUCUUGCGUCGGUGCGCCUAGCAUGCUCGGUCUCCAAUGGCUCCAGCUAUUCGUGGCAAAGGAUCCUGCAGUGAACUUCACGAGCCUGACCAGGCAACAAUUUGACAGAUUGGCUCAUCUUAGCAUAUCCACCUACAAUUCCAUAAUUGGGACGAGCGAUCCCGAUCUGUCGAGUUUCCGCGAUGCUGGAGGCAAGCUUGUUUCCUUCCAUGGUAUAGCCGACAACAUCAUCCCAGUUCAAGGUACCGAGCACUACUAUAAUGCCGUGAAUGCCACCACGGGGAACGUUUGGGAUUUCUAUCACUAUUACGAGGUGCCAGGCUUGGGUCACUGCUUCGGUGGUAGCGGUGGACAGCCCACCAGUCUCUUUGAACAACUGCGUGCCUGGGUUGAGAACGGCACGGUCCCGGAGAGCACGCCGUAUAUAAUCACCGAUCAGACUGGCGCAACGCAGAACCGCAUUCUCUGUCCCUACCCUGAAAAGGCUGUAUUUGACAAGGCUUGUGGAGAUAGCACUAAUGCCGCCUGCUUUAGGUGCGCCUAA